UAUUAGUGUCGUCCUCACCGUCACGGCCAGCGCCUCUUCCUGGAUUCAUUCAUUUUUUUUUUCCAAUUCACGGAGGUAGUGAGGCCGGGUUGAAAGCCAUGGAGAGCGUUCUUCCUGCUGCCGGCUUUCUCUACUGGGUAGGAGCAGGCACCGUGGCCUACCUGGCCUUGCGCGUGUCGUGCUCGCUCUUCUCGGCCCUUCGGGUCUGGGUUUUGGAUCACGAGGUGGGGGUCGGACCCAAGCUGGGAGAAUGGGCAGUUGUCACGGGUAGCACUGAUGGAAUUGGAAAAUCAUAUGCGGAACAGUUAGCAAAGCGUGGAAUGAAGAUUGUCCUUAUCAGCAGAUCACAGGAUAAGCUGAACCAGGUUUCCAGUGAAAUAAGAGAAAAAUUCAAGGUGGACACAAAGACCAUUGCAGUUGACUUUACCUCAGAAGAUAUUUAUGAUAAAAUUAAAACAAGCUUGGCAGGCCUUCAGAUCGGUGUUUUAGUGAACAAUGUGGGGAUGUCAUAUGAGUAUCCUGAAUACUUUUUGGACAUUCCUGACUUGGACAAUACCAUCAAGAAACUGAUAAAUAUUAAUGUUCUUUCUGUUUGCAAGAUGACAAGCUUGGUGCUGCCGGGCAUGGUAGAAAGAUCUAAAGGGGCGAUUCUGAACAUCUCCUCUGCGAGUGGCCAAUACCCGGUCCCGCUGCUCACCAUUUACUCUGCAACCAAGGCUUUUGUAGAUUUCUUCUCGCAGUGCCUCCACGAGGAGUAUAAGAGCAAGGGCAUCUUAGUGCAGUGUGUCCUGCCAUUCUACGUAGCUACGAAACUGGCCAAAAUCCGAAAGCCGACUUUGGAUAAGCCUUCUUCAGACACGUUUGUGCAAGCCGCAGUUAAAACCGUGGGCCUGCAGUCCCGGACCAACGGAUACCCGAUCCAUUCUUUUCUAAGCACCAUGAUCUCACUCAUACCUUCUUGGAUGUAUUUCAACAUGACCAUGUCUUUAAACAAGUCCACGCGGGCUCGCUAUCUGAAAAAAGCCAAGAAGAACUAAGCAUGGAUACCAGCACUCAGUGACUUGACCAGAGGCUCCAGCUACUGUGUGUCCUUGGCGAGGCGCCCCUCUCCCCCACCUUCAAAACCUAUGUUGUCAUUUUAAUAGUUACUAAUAAGAUUCAUGUUAUAAAUGGGAGGAAAGCAGGAGUGGCUUUCUAGAGUUUCUCUCACAUACUCUGGAUACUACUAGGAGUUAUCUUGAAGUUUGAUAUUACAUGCAAAUAGCAUAUGAUUAUAGAACAAAUAACAAGAACAGCUUACUAGAAGGAUUCCGAUCGUAGUAAAACACAGAAUAAUAGUCAGAAAUAAUGCUCAACAAUUUCCCCUGAUCCAAAUGCCAAUAAUUGUAUUUUCUCUAAAACCUACUUUAAAAAGUUAUUAUCAACUACUUGUUUUAACACUUAGAGGGAGCUGAGAUGAAUUGAUUGGCUGUGGGCGGGAGCACUGUGAUUUGCUAGUCCUCUGGCAGGAUGUUUUAUAAGUAUGUCCCAGUUCGUAUACGUAUUGGCCAUUAUUCGUUCUCAAAAGUAGUUUAUGACAUAGAAAUAAAUUAAGAAGUAGUUAGUUUUUGACACAUGAAACCCACUCAGACAUGCUUUCCUUUAAUACAUCUUCCUUCCCAGUUGAAAUGUAUGGAAAUCUUGACAACGGUGUGGGAUGAUUUAUAAAGGUGAAUGCACCAAAUGUCCAUUGAGAAGGGCAGCUACUUGGGGCCCCUCUUAGGAAACCCUGACCCAGAAAAGUGGACCCCAGCAUUCUUUUGCCUCCGCACCAGUAGAGCCCCCACAUGUCAUAAUGGGCUACUCCUAGAACAGAAAUGCUAGCAGAGAAAAAGGAUUAUACUUUUAAAUCAGCAUCCCCCUUACAUGUAUCCAUUUAACUAAUCUUAAUAAAAGAUGAUAUAACCAUG